AUGUUUAUCAGUGUAUCAGACUGGCUGUUAACAGUGCUGUACAUUAUACUGACCCUGGCAUCUGUUAUUCAUUCCGGUUGUUAUCAGAAGCAUUUAUGCUGUUUAGGACAUAACUUCACCUGUAUCGCAACAGACGAUACAAUUGAUCAGCUGCCUGUAAAAUUUCAUCAACGACGAUUGAAGAAAGCUCGAAGAGGCAAAUGGCAGCAUCCUACUGUUUAUAGCAGAAAAAUGAAACGAACUGAUAAAUUGAUGUUACGGGAUUUGAUUGCUUUAAAUGAUAGCACAAAAGUUGAAACAAUCAACAAUAAUAAUGAUUACAAUCAAUCCGAGGAUUAUUUGCAUAAACAAAGCGAACCAUCUCAAGCAAUAAAAUUUCCUCGUAGUACCGCGAUAUUACCAUUUUUCCGUUAUCAGCUCAUUUUCGGUCAGCCAUUUUAUCCAAAGGAACAGCAACCGGAAACAACACGUUAUCAUCAGCGUCACAAACUUAUUCGGUAUUUAUUGUUGAAUCGACAUAUGCCAUUAACAAUAAAGAAUUCACGAGGUACGGAAUUAUCAAAUGAUGCAACAAAGUUAGCAAUUCUGGCAGAUACCGAUCAUUUAUGCUAUUGUGAUGAGAAAUGUGUGGCAUUUGAGGAUUGUUGUUCCGACUAUUCUUUUGCUUGUCCACCGUCUGAUUGUAUUGUUAGCGAAUGGUCAGUUUGGUCCAGUUGUAUUCCGGAUCAGGGAAGUUGUAAGGCAGGUGUGCAAACUCGUGAACGUAGCAUUGACAGAAAACCGGAACAUGGUGGAAUGGAAUGUCCAUCAUUGAUUGAAAAAAAGAGUUGCUUCAAAGAAUGUCCACAACUUUGGAAACGUGAUCAACCAGAAAUUACGUCCGUAGCACUCAUUCUGGAUUAUUUAUACAACAAAACACGAGAAACAUUCAGUCAUGACAAUAUUUUCGAUGAUGCAACUGAUAACAGAAGCAAAUUGCUUUACUACUGUGGAAUUUAUGAAUUGGGCUGGGUGAAUUGGAAUUGUAUUGAUAAGAAAAUUACCAUCAAACUUUAUACGGACAAUAAAAUUUGCGUGGAAUGUCAGCCAGAAGUACAAAUGAAUAGCAAUACUAAUACAUGCACAUCUGAUCCAAAUGAUGGAGAAAAUGGAUUCUGGAAAUUGAUCGGACCAAAAUCAUGUUAUGGUACUUGGAAGCGGUUAUUCAAAAAGGAUAAUUGUCGUUGUGAAAUAAAUUUUCCGACGCAUGAUGCAUUUUUGUUUGUUUAA